AUGCCACCUCCACACCGUCGACCAGUCUCUCCUCUGGCCCUCGAAACAUGCGCACCGCUCGAUUCAGACCCCGAUGAUUACUGGCUUCCCGGCUCGGACGAUGAGCUUGAUAAGGGCGAACUCUCUGCGCAACGUCGGAGGAUCGAGAGGCUUGGAGAGGCGUAUCUCAAGGGUACACCUCUCUUCAUCCUUUCUGCCUCUCUCCGCGGCCCACUAGACAAAGGCUGGAUAAACCCAUGGAAAAAAGAUAGGAGAAGUGGCAACCAUCCGACGGAGCAACGGGUCAUCCCAGAAACGAAUUCACUCAAACGCAGACACCACCAGAGCCCGCCCGCCGUACCUCGCUCGAAAUCGUCAGCUACUCCGCGAGCUGCAUCUCACGCUGAUAGCCCGCGCAAAGAAGUCACCAGAGCCGAUACUAAGGACAGACCACUCCGUUCAGAGCGCCCCGCAGCUGGCUAUCAAUCUCCUCGAUUUACCCGGCCCAAACCUACAGACACGAGGUGGUUGAAAAAGGACAAGGUCUCCACGCGGUUUCAGAAUAUUGAACCGCCAACGUCUCCCACGACCAGUAUAUCUUCACGUCAUCAAAAAAGAGGCGCAAUAACCGAAUCUCAGUCAACUAGCAGACCAGUGACGGCCGGAUAUGUAUCGCCCAGGUCCUCGGAGCAUCAGGUGUCAAGCCCUAGACAUGAACCAGAGAGGCGCGCCGCACUUCCGGAUGGCCAUACACCUGGAUCGAAUUUGCGAAAAAGUAGCUCGCAAUCCGUAAACGGAGACGGAUCGAUUCAUGUGGUGUCGUCGUCGUCCCAGUUACCGAAAUUUGAGUAUCGGCUAAAGCAGCGCCACAAAUUGAAUGCAAACGCAGAAAGCCAACUUAGUCCUGAGCGGGCUGAGGAUAAACCCGGCGAGGCUGGGUCUAAGAACCUUCCGCAAAAACCCUCCUCAACGCGGAGUUCUGAUCCGGCGGAAUCUAUCAUUGCGCAGAAUACAGAAAACUCACUGACCUUGACAAGCGCUUCCAACAUUAUUGAGGAUCCUUCAACAACGAACGUGGACCACGCACAGCAGGCUAGUCAGACCAAGACUGGUGCAACGAGUGAGAACAACCUACCAUCAGCGCAGCCUCUACCUGGUAAUCCGCCGACCUACGAUAAUCUUACGUCUCUCUAUUCAAUCGCAAUAUCUAAAGCCACUUCGAACCGCACUGAGGAUCAUAACACCGAUCAACACUUCUCAACUCAAGCAGCUCUUAUGAUGGCACAGCGAUCUUUCCAGAAUGAUCUCCGAAGCCCGGAAGACAGUCCGAUGGCAUCGACAAGGAAACGAAGGGCAUCUCAGCCUUCGGAUUACCAGUCUCCAAACGCAAUUAACAUCACGCCUUUCCAUAAAGUGAAUGCUCCCGACCGGGAUAUCGUCGACCGAUCCGAUGCACUAGAGAGUGGAGGAGCACCGAUGAUAAGUACGCAAUACAUGAUUGAUGCUGCCACACCUUUUACGUUUAGCACAGAGAAGAAAGCAGGCUUUCGCACGCUAUCAUCUGGAAAGGAUAAAUCAAAGACCAAGAAGCGGAAGACCACUAGCUUCGCCUUGGAAUCACCAUCUGAGAUACCAUCGGACCAUUACACAUCCGACGAAGACGCUGAUAACGCCGUACGAGACCAUCCCACUGCAGCCCCCGAUUCGCCGUCUGGAUCGCAAAGGAGUGCAUUCCCAAUGACUUUGACCGGCACAACGCCACCAACGGCCCAAGAGGGCCAAGGCGCAGAGAGCUUCGAUUUAAGCCAGGCAAUUGCGGAGGCCGGCAGCUGGUUGCAGCAGAGCUUUGAAAUCAAUAAGGAUAUCACCCACUGCAGGACUGCGGUGCUUCCACAGCCCCAUUCUGCGGACCCAACGCAUUAA